CGCAAAUAUCUCAUGUGUCGCUUCCCAACGAAAAGCCAGCCUCCACUAACCCCGUCGCCGUCAGCCCAAACUGUGCGCCAAUAGUGAUGCCCGCCUCACCCUCCGCCGUGCGUAUCAUAAACGGAAGCAAUCAUGGAUGGAGUCAGCAUUUAGGGAUAACCAUUAUUGCAAUGUAAAAAGAUAAGAGGCGAAAACAAGGCUCGUCUUUUCCCAUACUGGCAAAACAUAAAUCUGAAAAAAAGCAGACCAAUCGCCCCUCCUGUCUCUGAAAUCUUUUAGAUCAAAGUUUGCACAAACCAACAGAGAGCGCCAAAAUUAAAGAUUGCAACUUGGGCAAAUCAGAUGAACUGGGUCUAACGUCAAGUUUGAAUCUUUUCCCAAAUAAUGGAAAACCCGUGGUGAAAUUGCUUACUUUUCAAUUUUGUGUAAGUGGCCACCUUAUCUUUAAGAUUGUGAUGGAUGCAAACAAUGAAGGCCCACAUGAGCAGGUGGUUGUUACGAUCCCUGAUGGUGACGGUUCGAUGGAUCAUCCCAAGGCUAAACCAUCAUCUGGUUCACCCAAUGUGUCAACCGAUUCACCCAAGGUCGCCGCGUUAAGCCCAACCACCAUUAAGUCUCCAAGACCACUACCCGCUCCUACGACUUUCACUCAGCGAAUAGCACUCACAAGAUCAAGAUCAGUUUACUCAAAACCAAAGUCAAGGUUUGGUGAACAACCGAUACCCAUUGAUUACAUUUUUGAUGAUCGAAGUGAUCCAUCCACCCGUGGUUCGCCCAACAGUGAAUCGGGCUCUGAUAGUGCUUGUGAUACACACAAAGAGACUAGAAGAGAUAUCCCGGUGAGCAUUAUGCGCAAGACGCCACUAAUGGUGUCACCAGGUGGUCAUAGGGGAGACGAUGAGCAUGAAGACGUGUACAAGAAAGUGAAACUGGAGAAUAAUUUGAAGUUCAGGAAAAGUACUAUGAGAGCUUUAAGAGAAUGGUCAUUGAUUCUUUGCAUUUUAGGGUGUUUGAUUGCUAGCCUGAUGAUUAAUAAGCUCAAGAGUUGGAAAAUUUGGGAUUUGGAGUUAUGGAAGUGGAUAACGCUUUUUAUGGUCACUUUCAACGGGCUAUUCGUCACUAAGUGGUUCAUACACUUCCUUGCCUCAUUGAUUGAGCUCAACUUCUUGUUAAGGAGGAAAGUAUUGUUCUUUGUCUAUAGUUUGAAGAAGAUUGUUCGUGUCUGUCUAUGGCUGAGUAUAGUUCUCAUCACGUGGGUAUCACUCAUCUCGAAUGGACCUCGAAGACCACGUUUGGCUGACCGAAUAUUGGAUCACAUUACAUGGACUAUAGCCUCCUUGCUUAUAGGGGCGUGUUUGUGGCUAUUGAAAACUCUGUUGAUCAAAAUAUUGGCAGCCUCUUUUCACUUGAACACAUUCUUUGACCGAAUCCAGGUUUCAUUUUUUCAUCAGUACAUCCUGUUGACCCUAUCCGGGGACCAGCUUAUGGAGUCAGCUGAAAUGCUUGGGGGGGCAAACAGCAAUGUACGUAAGCUCAGCUUCCGCAGGACAAAGAAGGGAAAAGGAGGGAAGAAGAAUAAGAAGGACAUAGAGGUAAUUGAUAUUGAUAAGCUUCAUGAGAUGAAGAAGGAGAAGGUGUCUGCUUGGACUAUGAAGAUGUUGGUUGAUGUCAUAUCUAAUACAGGCUUGUCCACUGUAUCUGGUUCAUUGUAUGGAGAUGCGUUUGGGGGAAAGCUGGAACAAGUGGCUACCGAAAUAACUAAUGAAGAGGAAGCAAUAGCUGCUGCUUAUCACAUCUUCAGGAAUGUUGCACAGCCUGGUUCCAAGUGCAUUGAUGAGUUUGACCUAAGGAGAUUCUUGAUUAAAGAAGAGGUUGAUACAGUUUUACCAAUGAUAGAUGCGGCAGGGGCAAGAGAAAUAGACAUGAAAACAUUGACGGAAUGGGUGGUUAAGAUUUACAAGGACCGGAAAACACUGUCCCAUGCUUUAAAUGACACAAGAACAGCGGUGAGGCAAUUGAACAAGCUCGUCACCGGGACUCUGAUAAUUAUAAUUAUCAUCAUAUGGCUUCCGUUAGUUGGGAUAGCGACAACAAAAGUCAUCGUCUUUUUCUCGUCCCAACUUGUCGUGGCGGUAUUCAUGUUCGGCAACACUUGCAAGACGGUUUUCGAAGCCGUCGUCUUUGUCUUCGUGGUGCAUCCUUUUGACGUUGGGGAUCGUUGCGUUGUGGAUGGUGUUCAGAUGAUUGUUGAAGAAAUGAACAUCUUAACGACUAUCUUCUUGAGAUUUGACAAUGAGAAAAUAUACUACCCGAAUUCGGUUUUGGCUACUAAGCCCAUCAGCAAUUUUAAUAGAAGUCCUGAUAUGAGCGACUCCUUUGAGUUUUGUAUUGAUUUCCAGACCCCGGUGGAGAAGAUAGGAGCUUUGAAUCGAAAAGUAAAGAAGUAUUUGGAAAAAUGUCCACUUUGGCACCCAAAUCACAACAUGGCUGUGAUGGAGGUUGAAAGUAUGAAUAAAUUGAAGAUGGUCUUGUGUUUCAACCACACGAUGAACUUCCAAAACUGGGCAGAAAAAAACAGGAGGAGAACUGAACUGAUACUGGAGAUGAAGAAGAUGUUUGAGGAUAUGAGCAUUAGAUACGAUCUUCUUCCUCAAGAAAUCCAUCUCAUUGAAUCAUCAUAAACAACUGGCGGGAUAAGAGAAGUAGUAUAUUCUGUGGCUUCCGUUUUUUAUUAAAUUAAAUUUCUUAAGCAUACAUUACUAAAAAUAUUUGUAAUAUUGAUCUGGUAUUGUUGUAAUAUCGAUUUUAUAGCAUAAUAUACUUUGUAUAUAGCGACAGAUAAAAAGUUGUUAUUGAGAUCUGUAAAAUUACAUGUAUAUUGAUAUGUUUCCCUACACAUAAAUAUAAUCACGUUAUAAAAUUAACAA